UGUACAUAGAUUUAUUUCAUAUGUGUUUCUUUAAUUGAGAUGAUGGUUUGCUGCUAGGUUUUCACAAUUCAAGCAGUGGAAAAUGGAGCUGCUGCAGACCAUGGUCCUUUGUUGAAAUAUUGGAGUAUUUAUUCGGGUUUGGCACUCAUAGAGUACUUUCUUGAAUUUAUCAUCGAUUGGCUUCCAUGGGAUCUAGUAAUGGCGGUUAUUAACGUGUUUCUAGUUAUACCUCACUUCAACGGAGCUGAGCUGGUAUAUCAGCAAGUGAAGGCAAAACUUUUAGAAACAAAUCCAAGCUCAUUGCUGUCGUAUUCACCACCAUUUUUGAACAAUCUCUUAAAGGACCAACUUGGCAUCAUGGAAUCUUUAGGGAAGUUCCUCAAUUCAGCACUGCAGAGUAUAACAUCUGUUUUGGGGGGUAGUAGUAGUAGGGAACCAUUGAGUAGAGAACCAUUGAUUCAAUCUAAUGAAUUCAGAUCCAUGUCCGCAAGGCCGAACACCCACUACCAGAAUCCUCAAAGUUAUGACGCACCAGAAGGUGAAAAUAGCGGCGCACUAAGGUCUAGGUCCUAUUCCAUGAGAAAUCCUACUGUCAAUUUUGAUUCCAACCAGGACUCACAUUUGGACAACGGGGCUUCUAGGUCCCAAUCCAUGAGGUACACUAGUUUUAACAGGGAAUCGGAUUCUACAAACGAUAACUCGCAGUCAGAUGAUGGCAGAACUAGUGGUAGGCUGAAGACUGUGCCAUUGAGAGGUGGUGAUUACCCAGACAGCAAAUUCAAAGAGCCUAAAGCAUCAAAAGAACGCGAGAUCAAAUUUCGCAGGUGGGGAAAGUCCAAGAAUAGGCCAUAGGGUAAAAUGGUGAUAAACUUGCUGUGUAAAUACACUCGUGAUAUCCACGAACAACUUGGUUGAUUGACGGUCACUACGUGCAAACAGUUUAGUUUUAUUUAUUUUUUAAGCUUUUAUUAUGUCAACAGGUUGAAAUAAUCUGUAGCUCUAUGAUUAUUUUAUUUUGUAUAUUUCAAGAUUAUGUUAAGAUUUAAAUCUAUG